GAUAUUAAUUAAUAAAUAAAUUGUGGAAAAUAUAUUGUGGACUUUGAUCUACAAGAUUCCGGUUAUUAAAUCAUCGCAGGGAAUUUCGUUUUAUUUUUAUUUUUUUAUUUGUUUUACAUAACCUAAAACCUCGAACUAUGACAGUCCGCGACAAUUACGUCAUUCUUAUCUACUAAUUCGGCCUAAUAUUGUUUGAAUUUUGGCUGGACGAUAAGAGGAAAACUUAUCUCGUCGUCUGGCACUUGAACCGGAAUAUAACCAGAUUAGUGUUCAAUGGGGUCUUAGCACAUCCACAAUUACCAGGAAAUUUAAAAGAUAGUUGUCUCCUUUAAACUAUUUAAAAAUGGAAGUGAUAGAAUAUUUAAAAAGUUCGGAAUUAGUCGCGGAUAUACAACAAUAUUUCGGCAUACAUUUACCUCAUUUGGAAAAGAAAAACGAAAACAACUUUACCAACAAUAAGGGAAAAUCCAAAGAAGACAAUCCCCCUUAUGUAAUUACAAACAAAUUAUGGUAUUAUUUAUUUAAACUUGGCACCGAAUUGGGCGACGAGUUAUUUUAUUCCUUAUUUAUACCAUUUUGGUUUUGGAAUGUUGAUGGAUUUGUAGGAAGAAGAGUUAUUUUUGUUUGGGCGAUUGUUAUGUGGAUUGGGCAAGCUAUUAAGGAUAUUGUAAAAUGGCCUCGACCAGGUUUUCCUUCAGUAAAACUCCAGAAAAAAUGGGCGUUGGAAUAUGGUAUGCCUUCUACACAUGCCAUGGUUGGAAUUUCGAUUCCUUUCUCAGUUUUAUUAUUUACCAUGAAUCGAUAUCAAUAUAAUGUAUCUAUUGGGUUAACACUGGCUAUUUUAUGGUGUACAUUAGUAUGUAUCAGUCGGUUAUAUCUUGGAAUGCAUACUGUGUUGGAUAUAAUUGCUGGUUUGUUAUUAGCUGGGAUUAUGAUGAUUCCUCUAGUACCCAUCGUUAAUCGUCUUGAUAAUUAUUUUCUGACUCACCCUACCGGUCCACUUCUAUGCUUGGUUUUGUCAGUAUUAAUUAUUAUUUACUAUCCAAAUAGUGGAAAAUGGACGCCAACAAGAGGUGAUACUACAAUGAUUCUCAGCGUUUCUGUUGGUGUACAAAGCGGGGCUUGGUUUAAUUAUCAAACGGGAAUAAUGACAGCAGCAGAAUUAUCGCCGCCCUAUGCGAUAAUGUGGCCCAGUUACACCAUGUUGGGGUGUAUAAUUUUAAGAACGAUUUUGGGAAUAUCAGUUGUUUUAGGAUUAAGAGCAAUAGCCAAAGAUUUUUUUUAUAAUUGUUUGUGUGCCAUGUUAAGGUUAGAUGCGGAUGAAUUAAAGAGUACUGAAAAUACUUUAGAGAAUGGCAGGAAAAAUUUUGUAGAAUUGGGAAGCAAGUACUUAAUGUGUUCAUCGAUUGGAUUUUGUAUUUUGUAUGUUAUUCCGUUGGUAUUUCGUUACUUAAAUAUCGAAAGACCAACGUUUUAUACGGAAAUAUGAUAAUAGGGUAGAAAGAAAACAAUUUUAAUUUAUGUAUCAAGAUGGGAAACUCAAAAUUUUUAUGCAAAUGUGCAAUUAAUCCAUUUAGUGUAUUAUGUUUGGUAAUACUUUCAUUUCAUUUCUUGGGAAUCCUUUUUUUCUCCCAACUGGUUGUUAUCAAAUCAUUGAGUCUUCUUUCUGUUGCGUUUCCACUUUUUUGCAUUUUCGACGUUCCUCAUUUUUAGGAGCUCAGGAGUGAUAUUAUCUUCUCCUGGGCCUUGUUAUUUUUCAUCCUUGCUGCACUUCUUCCACUGCUGGGCCUUCUAUCAUAACUUCCGUCGUAAUCACUCUCUUUACAUUUGCUUCCUCUUCUCCCUGGUGGACAAUGUUCAGUAAUUCAGCGAAAUGUUGCUUCCAUCUCUCCAUUUCACUUGGUACUUCUCCUUUUUUGCUGCUACACACGCUGCUUUUAGGCUAAUACCCCAAUUUCCAUCUUAAUUGUCCUGUCGAAUUUCCCCACUAUCCUCUUUGCGAAGUUCCUCUGUAUAAAUCUUGUAUUUCUCUGCAUCAUCCUCAUCCACACUUCAUUCUUCUCUUCUACUACUCUCUUACACUCUGCAUCGUACCAUUCCACAUUUCUACAAUUCGUUCUUGUGCCUUGUUUAAUCCUAAUUCAAAUUAAGUGCACAUGAGCAUUUAAAAAAAGACUCCCACCGCGAUGCAUAAAAUAAAAAAUAUCAUUUCUCCUAUUAUUUCAAAAAACAUGUUUUCUCCUCUGCUAUUUUAAUAUAAAAAUAGUGUUUCAGUACAAUUUUAAAAAUUAAUUAUCAAAGAUUUUGUUAUGAACCUUCUUAAUGUAUAUUAAAAUCAUAUUGUGAUAAAAAAUUGUUAUAAAACUUUUAUUAAGUUUUUUAAAAAUGUAUUAAUUGAAAAUGCAAUAAUUAACAAGAGUUUGCUUUAAAAUUUAUAUUACCUCAGGUUGACUAGUUUAUUGUUAUCUAUGUUUUAGUAUGUGCAGUAUUUAUUAUAUCUUAUCAAACAAAAUCUUAUUUCCGAUCGCUUCAUACGACGAUUUUUUGGCUUAACAAAAGAUUGAGCAAUUUGAUCCACUUGUAAUUAAGAAAUACUGUAGAUUAUAAACAAAAUCACAGAACGAUACACGAAGGAGAAAACUUAAGAAGUGUAAUGUAAUAUUUUCAUUUUUAAUCCAUUGAUUGUACGAUAUAAAAAAUAUUAAACUUGUGAUUUUAGAAUAUUUAGAGAUAGGAAUUUGCAUCAGCCACGUGCUUCCAAGUAUUUUAGUGACGUCGAAGGAUCAAGGUUUCAGAAAAAUAUGGGAAAUGGGAAAUUUAAGCUCAAAAUUUUUAUAAAUAUGAUCCUUUUUGUAAUUUUUAAUAUUAGCAACUGCCAAAUAGAUUAAGUCUCGAUCCAAAGAUCAACUUACUUAAUAACGCGUGUUCAAUAAAGUAAAAUCUAAAAAAGGUAUUAUUUUACAGGGUGUCACAAAAGUUCGUUAGUACGGUAUUUCUGUUGUUAAAAACAGAAUGGAAGCACAUACAGACAUGAAAUUGGCAUAAAUUUUAUUCAAACAAUAAUGUACAAUCAAAAUUUGUACAGGUCCGCAGAUGCUUGAGGAAUGCAGCCUCUGUGGCGGAGAUGUACUCGACGACGAAAUUUCAAGGGCGCUCUU